AUGGCUUUCCGAGGUCUGCUAUGUCCAGUAUUGAUCCAUAUCACCACCUGUGUCAGAUUCCAAGAUGAGCAAGAGGCAGCGAUAAUGUCACCCCAAACUCUGCAAGGUCUCUGGAACGGGCCGCCGUUGCAAGGAGAAGAAGGUCAGGAAGUGAUGCGGUGGGUGGAAACUCUGGACGCUCCAGAUGUGUACUGCAAGCUUCUUCACAAAGCUGCUGGAGACUGUGCAGACUGCUCUGAGUGUGCCGAGAGAAUGAAGAGAACGGUUCUGAACGAGACACAGGACGAGAUUCUGCAGAUUGUGAAACGUCAGGAAGCAAGCAAAACCAGCAGGAAGCCCUUGGCCGUGUUCGUGCUUGGCGCUGUUGGCUCCGGUAAAACUGGCUUUAUCAAGAAGAGGCUUGAACAGGAGCUGGGGAAUGGCAACGGCUUUCUUCGAUCUGCAGUUCACAUCAACGCCGAUGACCUUCGCUCUGCGCUCGUCGGCGGCUACGCGAUCUAUUCAGCAAUGGUGAACCACAAGGGGUUCGACAGAAACAUGCGCUGGGACGCAAACGAGCUACGGUCUGCCAUUCAGAACAUGGUCUGGGACUACCGAGUGGAUGUCAUUGCCGACAGCAUGACCCUGCCGGCCGGCGUAGCAGAAUCCUUUCUCCAGAAGGGCUUUGAUGUGCGGGUGUUCCACAUCGAGAUCGCUGGGAGCUCUCAUGAAGAGAAAGUGGACAGAGCUAAACGUGACAUCGAGGCAAGAGUGGCCGCAGGUGGUCACUCUGCUCCCAGCUAUGUCGCGCAAAUUGUCAGGAGCCAGCAGUCCGCAGAGGAGUUGAGGGCUGUCGGGGUGAAUGUGACCUCCGUCAUCAGGAGAGGCAAUGACUUUGUGGUCCAGUAG